AUGUCUCAGACACAAGGCGAGGGAGCACGCAAGGCACUGAUACGGGAAUUGUCCCUUCUCGUCCCCUUCGCCCUCUCUUGCUCUUCCCCCGUCUCCUUCCUCCCUCUGCUCCGCUCCUCCCCCUGUGCCAGUCGGUUCUGUGGCCCGGACGAACUGGAUAGGUUCGAGGGCGAGGCUCGGGAAAAGGCGAUCGCGCGCAGCCGGCGCAGCAGCUGCCUGCCCGACUACAAGGGGGCGCUGGACGCGUGCCUGGCGCAAGAGGCAAGGGUGGCGCUGCUUGCGCAACGCCAGCAGGGCGCAAGGCAAACGCGCGCAGAAAGGCAGGAGCGCGGGGAGAGGCAGGAGCGACAGCAGCAGCAGCAGCAAGAGCAGCAGCCGCCGCCGCCGCCGCUGCAGCAGCAGCAACCGCAGAAGCAGCAGCAGACGCAGCAACAAUCCGUGCGGCAGGGGAAAGGAGAGGGAGAAGAGUCGCCAAAAGUGGAGCAGGAGGGACAAGAGGAGGAGAACAAGGGAGGGACGAAGGGAGGAACGAAGGGUAGGGUGAAGGGAGGGAGGAAGCAGAAGGGUGCAAAGGCACGAGGGAAGAGGAAGAAGGAAAGGGAGGAGGAGCAAGAGGUGGAGGAGGAGGAGGAGCGAGAGGAGGAGACGGAGAAGGAAGCACAGGUGGAGAAAGGGAGAGAGGCGGGUGCAAGUGGGCAGAGCGGCAAGAAGAGGAGAAAGGCAGGGGAGGAAAUCGAGGCUGACGUUGCACGGCCAGAAGCUGACGUUGCAGAGGUUGGGCCGGAGGCGGCAGCGACAGGAGAGGCAGAAGCGACAGGAACGGCAGAAGAGGGGCUGAUUGCAGACGGGAAGGACACGGGAGGAGUGACGAGGGGAAAAGGGGAAGAGGAUUUGCACUCGCGUGCUAGGGCGGUGGCGGAGGCGGGGGACAAGGAGCAAGAGGAACGUGAAGAGAGAGAACGGACGGAUGGAGAUGCAGAAGGUCGAGUGGAGGAGAGAGCAGAAGGACGAGCGGAGGGACGAGCGGAGGGACGAGCGGAGGGACGAGCGGAGAGACGAGCGGAAGGACGAGCGGAAGGACAGGCAGAGGGAGGAGCAGAGGGAGAGGCAGAGGGAGGAGCAGAGGGAGAGGCAGAGGAAACAGCAGGAGUCUUGAGCAAGGGAGCAUCGUUGGGGACGGAGAGGGAGGACACAGGCAGCCGAGAGAUAGAAGCCGGUGUUGGUGGGGAGAUGGCAGGGAAAACAGCGAAGACAGGACUAGAAGUUCAGUCAACCCCUCCUGGAGGGAGGGAGAGGCGGGCAGCUGCUCGGCGCGCUGCUGCUGCCCUUGCUGCUUCUUCUGGAGGCAAAGGCAGGGCCGGGAGGGGGGAGCGUGAGAAGGGGGAGAAGGGGGAGAAGGGGGAGAAGGGGGAGAAGGCGGAGAAGGGGGAGAAGGCGGAGAAGGGGGAGAAGGCGGAGAAAGGGGAGAAAGCGGAGAAGGGGGAGAAGGCGGAGAAAGGGGAGAAGGCGGGGGAGAAGGAGAAGGAGAAGGAGAAGGAGAAGGGGAAGGGGAAGGGGAAGGGGAAGGGGAAGGGUGGAGCAGUAGCUGGCGAGAUGGACAAGGACAUGAAGGCGGUAAUGGUCGGGAAGGGGAAGCAAAAGGGUACGGUCGAAGCAGCAAGGGCAGGAAGAGUAGUGACAAGAGCUCGAGAUAAGGAGGCGGCUGAUAUAAGAGAAGCAGAUGAAACGGCAGCAGAUGACAGAGCAGCAGCAGUGGAGGAGGAGGAGCAGGAGGAGGAAGAAGAGCAGCAGGAGGAGCAGCAGGAUGAGGAGCAGGAAGAGGGUGAAGUAGAGGAGGCGGGGAGAGCAGCAGGGAAGGGGGUUAAGGCGAAGAAGGGCGGGGCAGUGGUGGAACGGAGGAUCACACGGGCUCGUAGGAGUGAGGAGGGAGACGUGGCUGAGAGGGAGAAGGGAGGCGUAAAGGGAGGCACGAAGGGGGGCACGAAGGGGAGAGAGCGGAGGGCGAGUUUGACAAGAGGGAAGGGUGGGAAGGGUGGGGUGGUGGAGAGGGACAAGGGAGGAAAGAAGGAGCGCGAGAGAAGGGCGAGUCUGGCGAGAGGGAAGGGGGAUGGGGAGAGAGGGAGGGGAAUGGGUGGGAAGAAAGGCAGAGGGAGGGAGGAAGACGAAGAGGAGGGGGGUGCGGAAGAGGAGGAGGGUGGAGAAAGAAUGGAGGUGGAAGAAGGGGAGGCUGUGGACGAAGGUGAAGUGGAGGGGGGGAAGGAGGGAGGGGAGGAGGAAGGGGAGGAGCGAGCACAAGUGGAGGGAGAAGGAUGGGCGGAGGGAGGGGAUGCAGAAGAGGAGGAAGACGAGAGUGUGGAUGAGAAUGGCUCAGAGGAGGAGAGUGAGGAGGAGGAGGAGAGUGACGAGGAAGAAGAGGAGUAUGUUCCCAAGUCACAGAAGGACAAGAGGCUUCGUGAAGAGGGAGGGGAAGUCAAGCAUAAGCAGCAAUCUGUCGCCGCACCUCGUCCCAAACCUGCUCCCAAGCCUCCCAAGGCAGCGCUCAAAGCUCUCGCCAAGCCUCGCAGCCAGGCUCGGUCCACCGCUGCUGCUGCUGCCGCCGCUGCUGGUGCUUUCAUUGUCGAAGGUAGACCCACCAUUGCAGCACCCAAGGGGAGGAAAGCGGACAAGAGGAGGAAAGGGAAGGAGGUGGAGGGGGAGAGAGAGGCGGAGGCGGAUGGUAGGGAGCAUGGGGAGGAAGGGGAGGAGGAGGGUGUGGGGGGAGUGCGGGAGGAGGGGCAGUGGAAGGGAGCAGGGAAGCAGAGGCAGCAGGCAGGCGGGGAGGUGCCUAGCGACAUAGUCCAGGCGGGCAGUGCAGAGGACGUGGAGGAAGCAGCGUUCCGGUGGAUGGAGGGGUAUGAGUUCAACCGCACUCAUGCCACGGCCCAGCUGCUCAAGCUGCUCUUCCAGGCGUGUGGAGUGCAGGUGGUGAUGGGAGACGACGCGAUCAUGUCAGAGGGAGUGGGGGUGGACGACGUCAUGCAAACCCUCGUCGACUCCGCCCGCCAGGUCCCCCUGCUCGACCAUCUGCACCGCACUCCACCGCACCACAGCCACCACCACUCCACUGCCAACGACGGCAAGGGCAGCAAGGGUGGCAGUGGCAAGGGUGGGGGUGAUGGAGCAUCGUUCCGAGUGUCGAUGCUGCGGUUUUGGGAUGCGCUGGUGGUGGCGGGGGGGCGAGAGGGUUCUCUCUUUGACUCGCAGCUGCUGCCCACCCUCCUUGACUACCUCGUUGCCCUCUCCUCGUACGUUCCCCCUCUCUGCCAUUUUCUGUGCAUCCCCCUCAAAACAUCUUCGUUGCCGUCUUUCAGCAUAUUGCGUCACUCUUCCCCUCGGAUAUUCCGCCACGUGGCAACACUCGUGGCGCUGCAGCUCAUCUCCUCCAUCAUCACCGUCGCUUCAGUCCUCUCCGACGCGCAAUCCACGGCUCAGAGGCAGCUGCAGGCCGUGAUCCGACGGUCAGAAGAGCAGGAGCAGCAGGCGACAAGAGCAGGGGCGGAAAGCCGAGGAGCAGGAGUGAGGAGGAGCAAAAGGAAGGGGUCUACUGGGGGAGAUGGGGAGGCCGGGGAAGCGGCAGGACUGGGGGAUGGGUCUGAGGGGGCGGGUGGAGGAGGCGGAGGGGGAGGGGCGAGCAGGCGGGCAGCGGUGGAGCUGCAGGCGAAGGUGGAUGCGAUGCAUGGGCAGGUGGCGAUGCUUGAAGGGGUCAUGCGCCGAGGGUUCACUGGCAUCAUAACACACCGCCAUCGCGACGUGGACCCAGCCAUCAGAGCAGCUUGCGUGGCGGCUUUAGGGCAGUGGGUGACGCGCUACCCCUCGCUCUUCCUCGAUGAUGUCUACCUCAAGUACCUCGGCUUCUCGCUCAAUGACAAGGUGGCAUCUGUCCGCCUCACGGCCCUGUCAGCGCUCCAGUCGCUCUACGCCAGCGAGGACAAUCUGCCGGCGCUUGGCGUCUUUUCGGAGCGCUUCGUGCCACGUGUGCAGCAGAUGGUGGAUGACGUGGAUGCUGACGUGGCUGUGGCUGCUGUGUCGUUGGUCCAGCUUCUUGCCAGCAACGACACCCUCCCUCACAACCGUGCCAUGGCUCUCCUCUCUGAUCGCCUCACAGACGACUGCUCGCCGCUCAGAGUCGCCGCCUGCAACUCUCUCUUCCUCCUCCUCCUCGCCUCCUCCCGCAGCCUCGCCUCUCCUGCUGCAACGGAAGCAGGCCCAGCAAAAGGCUCGGGGAAAGGCCAGGGAGGAGGCAAGCGGGUGGAUGAGAGAGGGGGAAAGGGGGGCCGAGGAGGGGAGGGGGAGGUGGGGGCAGAGAGGCAGGUGGUGGUGGUGGUGCGAAUGCUGCAGGCGUGUGGAGAUGCGGUGCAGGCUGGUUACGUGGUGGAUGCGCUGUGGGAGCGUGCACCAACACUGAUGGACUUGAAGACAAUGGGUCAGCUGCUACUGCAGUCAGACACCCAAGCCACGCCCCUCUCCCCCUCCUCCCAGCCGCUCUCCCCCACUCCCCCCGCCUCCUCCACCCCCUCGUUCCCCUCAUCGCCUCCUCCUCCUGAAGCCGACACGCCCACGCUCGCCCUCCUCCUAUCCCUCGCCGCUCGCAAGACCGUGGGAUUGCCGAUUGUCCCGAGGAACGCUGCAGACAUGAAGAGAAAGGCGGCCGUCGCAGUGUCCAAGGCCAAGAAGGAACGGCAGGCAGCAGCAGUGGUAGAAAUGACAGGGGCGCUGGUAAAGGUGCUUCCGCCAAUGAUGAGGCGCCACGUGGCGGACGAGCGCGUGCUGCUGCGGCUGCUGGAGGUAGCAGAGUGUCUGGACGUGGGGGCGCUGGCGAACAGGCAGCAGCAGGAGCCCCUCCUAGCGAUCCUCUCAGCAGCGUGUGACAGCCUGGCGCGCCACGUCAGCACGACGGUGAUAGCGGCAGCGACACGUGUGCUGCUGCGGUGCAUGUGGCGCGCACAGGGGGAUAUGCUGGAGCAGGCGCAGGAGAUUGUGAGGGACGCCGUGCGGAAUGUGGUGGUGGGACGAUUGAGAGAGGAGGCACAAACUGCUCUUUCCGCUGUGGAGGCCACGUCAGACACCCCAGCAGCUGACGUGGACACUUUUUCUCUCUCAGUGGCUGCUACUCGCCUGGCUGUCUUCCUCCUGCAAGCGGACCCUACCCCCUUCCUCCCCGCCCUCGCUGCUGCUGGUGGUGGCACUGAUUCUGCUGCGCCUGCUCCUGCUGCUGCGGAUGGGAUGCAACCACCGGACCUCUUUGCUCUGCUCCUUCAAUUGCUAGACCGUUUCCCUCCUUACAAGCACCCUCAGGUGAGCAAACGCUUACUGCAAGCUCCCACCCACGUGCCCCCCACCCACGUGCUCCCCACCCACGUGCUCCCCACCCACGUGCUCCCCACCCACGUGCUCCCCACCCACGUGCUCCCCACCCACGUGCUCCCCACCUACAUGCCCCACCUACAUGCCCCCAACCACAUACCCCCACCCACGUGCUCCCCACCUACAUGCCCCCACCCACAUGCCCCCACCCACAUGUCCCCACCCACGUGGCCCCACCCACCCCACCUGGCAUCUCCUGUGCUCCGCUCGCUGGUGCUGCUGCUCGUGUGGGGCUUUAAGAAGCUCGUCGCUGCAGUGGGCAGAAAGGGGAUGGAAGGCAAUGGGGCAGACGCGGCAGGGAGAGACGCAGCAGGUGCUGAGGCUGAUGGGGAAUUGGGUGAGGAAAGAGGGUUGGGGGGCGGUGGUGCGAAUGAGGGGGUGGGUGAGCAGGAGGAGGAGGUGAGGGAAAGGCAGGGGCGGCUCAUGGCUGUGCUAAUGAGACUCAUGGAAGCGGGGACGAAUGGAAGGAUAGCAGUGAACGAAGGAGGGGAGGAGCAGGGCGAUGAGCAAGCAGAGGAGGGAGAGGGAGGAGGCACUGGAGUGGAAAGAGAGGGUCAUAGGGAGCAGCAGCAGCGGCGGCAACAGCAGCAGCAACUGGCAGUAGAAAUCUUGGAGCAUAUAUCUGACCUGUGGGUGCUCUUCUCACCUCAUAAGCUCGCCCACUCGCUGCUACACCCACUCUCCGUUACAGUCACACCUGCCAGCGUCAACGCCUACUGGGCGGCAUGCAGUCGUCUGCUUCCCACUUGCUCAGCAGAGAGGGGACAGAGCAUGCAGGAGAGGCAGCAAGAGAGGGUGUCGGAAAGAGGGGAAGAGAGAGUGGUAGCUGCAGCAGCUAAGCUGGUGCUGUGCGGUGCUGUGGACCCUGAGUUGCUGGCUCCUGCUGUGCUCUCACGGCUUGUGGUGGUGGGGAGGGGCGAGAAGAUGGAUGAAGGUGGUGAUGGGGGGGAGGAGGGGGAGGAUGAGGCGAGGGAGGACGGGGUGGCACGGCUGUUUUUGUCUCAUCUGCAGCAGAGGAAGAAGCGGGCGGCAAGCGAGGGAGGGAAGUUUGAGCUGUGGCGGAUUUUCCUUCAGGCGCUGAAAAUGACCUUCAUUCCCACUCUGCCACUCAUCUCCAACCACUCGCACACAGAGGAUGACGUGGCACCAUCUCAUUCGCCAAGCCCAGCAUCUGUAGCAUGCUGUGCCAGCCUGGCAGCCCGGCUGGCAGCUGUAGCAGCCGCCCCGCAGUUCUCUGCGCAGCGAUUGGUCGAGCAGCGGGCGGCGAUUCGGCAGCUGGUGCAGGAAGGGGUGGCAUUCGCCUUUGAGUCGUUGCCCGACCGGCUGGCGUUUCUCGAAUGCGCGCUUCUACCAUUUUCUGCGAAGCUUCUUGGAAAUGACGCCCGAAGCAUUCUCAAUGCAUUAGAGGAGAGGGUGUCAGCCGUGGAUGAAGAUGUGGCUGAUGACGUGGCAACAUCUAAGCCGUUGUCGACCUUCACGUCUGUUUUGACGGAGCGAGCAGCAACAGCACCCGCACAUGCACCUGCUGCAGCUGCAGCCAAGGAAAAGGCGGCAGAUGGACCGACAGGCAGGGCAGCACCUGGUGCUGCAGGUGAUGCUUCAGGUGAUGCUUCAGGUGCUGUGUCAGAUGAGGCAGGAGGUGGAGCAGAAGCAGAAAGAGACAUUCACAGGGAGGGCGUUGAGGAGGGGAGAGGGGGGGUGGGAGGGAGCGGAGAGGGCAGGAGACAGACACGCCAUGGUGGUGGUGUGGAUGAGGCUGCAUCCACUGUCAAGCGCAAAAAACUCUCCUUCUCCACUGCUGCUGCUGCUGUUGUUGCUGUUGGAGCUGAUGCUGGUGGUGCUGCUGGGGCUGCUGGUGGUUUGGAACUGGAAGAAUCUGAAAAAAUUGCUGGGGAGGAAGGUGAGGGAGAGGAAGAGGAGGGAGGGGUGAAUGAGUCAGGGGGAGAAGAGGAAAGGGAGCUUGGGGAGGAAGGGACAGCGGAGGGGAGGGAGGAUGGUUCAGGGCCAGGGUUGAGUCAGCCAGUAGGAGGUCGCGUGUUGGUGGCUGAGCCAGUGGGAGGCGAGAGGAAGUAUGUGAGGAAGAAGAGGAGGGGUUCAGCGGUGGACGGGAGGAAAGAGGAGAGGAGAAUGAAGAGGAGGGAAGAGAGGGGUGGUGAUGGGUCGGAGGAGCAAGCCGAUGUUGGAGGAGGUGGAGAAGGAGGGGGUAGGGAGGUGGAAGGUGGUGGGCAGGAGGGGGAGGCGAUAGGGGAAGAAGUGGACACGGAUACGCAAGGCACAACUCCUGAUGCGACUCAAGAUGAAACGCAAGUGGAAGGGAGUACCCAAGAUGUGACUCAAGUUGAAAUGCGGGUGGAAGAGAGUACCCAAGAUGCGACUCAAGAUGAACCGCGAGUGGAGGAGAGCACCCAAGAUGCGACUCAAGACGAAACUCAAGGGGCUGUGCAAGGGAAUGAAGCGGGGGAGGAUGGGAGGGAGAUGGGAGGGAGGAGUGCAGGGGGCACUGAGGAGCAAUUGCCUUCCUCUUUUGAGGCUACAGAGGAGGAGCUUCCUUCCUAA